CCCAAAAAUGCACUCAAAGUUUCCUAAGUUUCCCUCGCGUUUCUCGCACAGGACCCCCAAUCUUUCUUUUAAAACCUACACACCACAAUUGGCACACAAAAAAUCCCUUGUAUAAAACUUUUCUAUUCCGCUAUAAAUAAUUUCUCGAGAGUCCAAACUCCUCACUCACUCUCUCACUCACUCACUCUAAAACCCAUCUUUGCGGAGACCCUUCUGUGUGCAAUGCAAGCUCCAGCAAUGGCGGGACAUGGCGUGUUCACUGUCACCGAUAACGAACUCUUCGACUACUACCCGGUCUGCUAUCUCAAGAACAACGCCAGCAACGAUGAUGAGAAUUGUGUUGCAGCUAAAGGCAAAGGCAACAACUUUGUGUUCAAUUUGGACCCAAGUUUGCUUAUUGACCCAAGCUGCGUUAUGGUUGGUGAAAUGCUCGGAGAAGGGCCGCAGGCGAUUGUCUAUGAAGGAUUGUACAAUUCCAAACCUGUUGCUGUGAAAAUCAUACAGCCAGAUGAAACAGGUGUUAUCAGUCCUGAACGCAAGGAAAAAUUUCAGAGGGAGGUGUCGUUGCUGUCAAAGGCGAGACAUGAAAACAUUGUGAAGUUUAUCGGUGCGUCUGUGAAACCAACUAUGAUGAUAGUUACUGAGCUUAUGAGAGGUGGCACAAUUCAGAAGUACUUGUGGAACACCCGCCCCGUAAUUCCUGACUUGAAGCUUUCAAUAAGUUUUGCAUUGGAUAUAUGUCAAGCUAUGGAGUACUUGCAUGCAAAUGGCAUCAUACACCGUGACUUGAAGCCAAGCAAUCUACUUCUUACAGAAAACAUGAAACAAGUGAAGCUGGCUGACUUUGGGCUUGCUAGAGAGCAGAUAGAAGGUGCAAUGACUAGUGAGGCUGGAACAUAUCGGUGGAUGGCUCCUGAGUUAUUCAGCACAGAACCAGUUCCAAGAGGUGCAAAGAUAGAUUAUGAUCACAAGGCAGAUGUCUACAGUUUCUCAAUAGUUCUGUGGGAGUUGCUCACGAACAAAACUCCAUACAAGGGAAGGAAUAACGUAAUGGUGGCAUAUGCUACAGCUAAUAAUGUACGGCCUAACCUGGAGGACAUUCCUGAGGGUAUUAUUCCUCUACUGGAGUCCUGCUGGGCAGAAGACCCCAAGGACCGACCAGAAUUUAUGGAAGUCACUGAUUAUCUCUCCAACUUCUACCAGGAACAUUGCAUACAGGAGACCAAACCUCCUCCUAAGGUCAUUGAGACUGAAGAUAAUGAGAGGAACAUAAAGGUCAUUGAGACUGAAGAUAAUGAGAGGAACAUUAAAGAAGAAGAUUCACCAAGCGCCACCCAGCAACGUGUGAUUGAGACACCUGAAGAAGAGAAAAGGGUUAAAAGGCGCAAGAAGAGUUGGAAGAGUUGGUCAUCGGGGUGGUUCUGUUUCUCUUGUUUGGCUCAUUGAGCAAAUGGCAUGGUGACUGGUGAGUUCUGUUUUAGCGGAGGGGCUUUAAGCCCAGGCUAGGAAUUCAUGCAUGUAGGAUGUUGCAUCGGCUGUUCUCUUAGUUUUUGUUGUAUACACAGAGCAUAGAUUUAGGGAAAUGUUUCUCUUGCUGCAUGGUUUGACAUGUUAUGUUGUCGAG